GGACUUCCUGUCCUGUUUAGAGCGACCGCGGAAGUGACUGCGGACGAAUCGGCUCUGCAGAGGCUGCGAGUUUAGGGUGUCUGCGUUUUAGCUGCUUUCGGCGAGAAAGAUGCCGGGUCUGGCGGCCGCAAGCCCUUCCCCGUCUGAGCCUCAGGAGAAGAAGCCGCUGAAGCCCUGCUGCGCCUGCCCGGAGACCAAGAAGGCGCGCGAUGCGUGCAUCAUCGAGAAAGGAGAAGAGCACUGUGGACAUCUAAUUGAGGCCCACAAGGAAUGCAUGAGAGCCCUGGGAUUUAAGAUAUAAACGGUGAUCUGCUCUGUGAAUGAAUAAUCCCUGAAGAAUGAAGAAUAAAUAAUUUUGGGAGUUCCUUAGUGAGCUUUAGAAAAAGUAUUUAUAAUUUAUUAAAAAAAGGAAAAUAUAAAAAAUCUUCAGGUGUGUUUCUUUUUGUGUACCUCACAUGCUCAUAUUGCUGUUUGAUGUGUGUGUGUCUUAAGGCAUAUAGCAGCAAAUCUUCUAACAUGAGUUUCUUAUGUUCUUGUUACUGUGUCAUUCUGGAAACUUUGGAUGUUUGUGGUGGAGAGAAACCGGAGGCAGGUCUCACCUGAUGAAACCUCCACAAUUAGGUGCAUGGAAGUAGGAAUAAAUAACCCUCUACCAAUUGAGAAUGAAUGUGCUGGCCAUAUCAUCUAAUUCAAGACUCACAUUUUGUUUUUCAUGUUUAGUUUUCAUAAGGGAAAGAACUAGACAAGACUGUCUUGAAUUUUGAAGCCAUUUUUUUUAAAACUAGUUUUGUCAUUUUGAAAAUUUUGUUUAGAUUUUGGACCAGAGUAGGGUGAUUUGGCUUAGAAGACCUUAGCUGUUUGUGUAACUAAUCUGUAUAUAGCUAGUUACGCUUUAGGAUAGACCAGAUUGUAAGUUUAGUGCCUGGAGGACAAAUAGUUGAAGUUAGAGGCUGGAUUUAUUCCAGUAAUUAAUUAAGUAGCUCAUGCUAUCCUAUAAUGAUACCUGGUGGGACAGAGUGCAGUUCUUUUAGUGUGGGAAGUAACCUUGUGGUCUUCUUAGUUGCUUAUGGUCUAAUGAAACAGUUGAUCCUAUUGUGCCUUUAAGUACACUGAAUUUAAAAUCCCAAGGACAAAAGUUACUGAGGAUGUAUACUGUUCAUGUGUUAUUGUAUGAUGGGAAAAUUGCCUUCUCUAUAAAAUAAAAGCUGAAUUAAAUGA